UUCUUAGGAAGGCUGCUCCUUGGUUGAUGAUGUCUUUUGACUGUAAUAUUUCUUACAGAGGAAAAUCCACGUUGCUGUGUCUCCGUCUGUAAUCAAAAAGAGCACAUGUAAUAGUUCUUUAUGCCUACACCUAACGCUACGCUUAUAAAUAUUUUGGCAUCUGUUCCCUACGCUUAUCCAAUUACAAUACAAGCGUCAUUGUCUUCUUUUUUUUUUUUUUUUUAAUCUUAAUUGAGUGUUUAACGAAGAUUAGUCUUGUGUUGUGUUUUCUCGAAGAAACGGAAAGCAUCUCUAUAUAAAGCUUUAAACUUUGUGACCUGAUAGGCCUCUCUUACUUGCUAUUCCUGCAAAAAGCAACAAUGGGUUAUUCAGGAUCAGUCCAAUGGUUUUCUUAUCUUCUUGUUUUUAUGCUUUUAUUGCUCAAAACCGAAGGAGGUAGCAUUCCUAUUACUAUUGUUGAAACUGCAAAAACUAGAGGAGCUGUUUGUUUGGAUGGAAGUCCACCAGCUUACCACUUUGACAAGGGAUAUGGCUCUGGGGCUAACAAUUGGAUUGUUCACAUGGAGGGAGGAGGAUGGUGUGAUGAUAUUGAGAGCUGCCUUGAAAGAAGGGACACAUACAAAGGUUCAUCUUUGAAAAUGGAGAAAACUAUGGGUUUCUCUGGCAUACUAGGGAGCAAGCAAGCUGCUAAUCCUGAUUUUUACAACUGGAAUAGGAUUAAGAUUAAGUACUGUGAUGGGUCUUCAUUUACCGGUGAUGUUGAAGCAGUUGAUCCGAAAACUAAACUUUACUUCAGAGGAGAAAGAAUUUGGCGGGCUGUUAUCGAUGAUUUAUUGGCCAAAGGGAUGAGAAAUGCUCAAAAUGCUAUUCUUUCUGGCUGCUCAGCUGGUGGAUUGGCUUCUAUUUUGCAUUGUGACAAAUUUAGAUCUCUCCUGCCUGCAAGUGCCAAAGUAAAAUGUGUCUCUGAUGCUGGUUAUUUCAUUCAUGGGAAGGAUAUUGCCGGAGGAUAUGAAAUUGAGAACUUUUAUGGUCGAGUAGUUAGAUUACAUGGAUCAGCAAAGAAUCUUCCUACAUCUUGCACUUCUAGGAUGAGGCCAGAGUUGUGCUUCUUCCCACAAAAUGUAGCACAAACUAUGCAAACACCACUUUUUGUCAUAAAUUCAGCUUACGAUUCAUGGCAGAUUAAGAAUAUUUUGGCACCUAGCGCUGUUGAUAAAAAGGGAAGCUUCAAGAGCUGCAAAACUGACUUAAAGAAAUGCUCAGCAAGUCAACUACAAACCGUGCAAGAUUUCAGGCUGCAGUUCAUAAAUGCAUUGAAUAGUGGAGUUGCGAACAAACCAGCAAAUGGAAUGUUCAUAAACUCUUGCCAUGCACAUUGCCAAUCAGGGUCAGUGUCUACGUGGUUCGACGCCAAGUCCCCAGUACUGAGUAACACGAAAAUUGGAAAGGCAGUUGGAGACUGGUUUUACGACCGUGCCUCCUUCAAAAAGAUCGAUUGCGCUUAUCCUUGCAACCCAACUUGUGUGAAAAUCGAUUCUGAUUCUUGAUUCUUUAUCUAGUCCUGAAAAGCAAAUAAAAAGAAAUGCAGGGACCUGAGCUUUAUCUCUCAUUAUUUAUGAAAAUGUAAUGAAGGAAAUUGAUUAUAUUGGUAUCUAAUUUUAAUAAAAGAACAGUGUGUUGUUUGUUUUGUUU